CCAUUUCCAUCUUAUCUCUCCCCAUUGGCGGCAGUCUGAGGCGAUCGAUAACAGAGGGAACUUUGAAGGCUACAACACCGUGUCUUACUUUUCUCAGGUUUUAAUUUACUUCACGUGAUAUAUUAACUUGACGAAGUGAACUUGACGCUUGAAAUCAUCGGAGACAUUCCUUUCCCGGAUUGGUGUAAUAAAAGUGUUAUUAAACGCUUUACUUGAAUCUACUUAUAAGGCCUAAAUAAAAGUCCUGCCAUGAGCGUGUUCUCCAAGGCCACCAGCAGCUUCGUGCGGCAGAUGCAGGGCGACUUGGACGGGAGUCUGAUCCAUGUCUCCCGCCCCCACGACUCACAAAAGCUGGUUCCCUUGGCGGUGGUCGUGAAGCGCAACCGCUACUGGCCCUGGCAGAGGCCCAAAUACCAGCCCUCUGACUUCAUCCUCAGGGACUUGUUGCAGGGCGAUGCAGCUUUUGAUCCUGAUGUGACUGAGUCACCCUUCAUCAGCUACAAUGAAACUUCUAGAGAUGACAAGAGUGGCAAUUGGAAAGCUAAGGCAGACAUGGUCCAGGUAGACGUGGAGGGAGAAGGAUCCUCCAAGCGGAAGUUAUCGUUUGGAAAUCUUCAGAACCAGAAGGUGACCGUGAAGAGGCUUCUAGAAGACUGCCGUGACAGGAAGCUGGACAUGAGGCAUAUUCUGGUACAGCAGGUUCAGAAGAGGAACGAGGUGCUUGCUGUCCUGAAAGAGAGGGUCCUCACUACCACGCCCUGUGGCAUCACAGAGACCCAGAAGAAACAGGGCUCCUGCAUGGGGGUGCUGAACUUAAUGGGCAUGCUGGGAACCGAGAUCAGUGUGCAGGAGAGUUUUUCUGUGAACGUUGACAGGGACAUUUCCCUGGAGAUUCCAGCUCAAACAGUCAUCGCCUACAGCCUCCUGGAGCUAGAGAUUCAAAAAGGUGGAAACUUUAAGCUAUGUCUGCAACCCGAAACGUUUGGAGGAUUUGAAUCGGAUUCAGGGACCUCCUCUCCGUCAUUUGACACCGUUGACCAGCAGCGUGUGGGGAAUGGCAUCGACUUAAGCAGGAUCCAACCUCCGAAAAGAGCCCCUCUAAGUGCAUUGAACUCUGAGUUACAGAAGCAGGAGGAGUCUCUGUGUCUGCUGGCAGAGCUCCCAGUGCGGAGGUGCCUGUUCGAGAUGCUGUUCAAGAGCCUGGAGGAUAGGGACACGCUGUCACUGCAGGAGCAAGCGUUGGCAGAUUGGUGUUGUAGAGCAGGUGUGCUGGAGUUACAACCACAAAGUAUGAAUGCCCCUUCCUGUGCCUUGCUGGAUCUCCUCUGCCUGGUUCCAGCCAUCCAAUCAGAGAAUGGCUCAGCUGCAGAAUGUAGCCCACCUCCCCAGCUGACUGCUGUACACCUAUUGGUCAGCGCAAUGGAAGCGUUGCCCGAUGAAACGCUCUUCCAGCUGACCCUGUGCUCUCCUGAGAUUCUGCAGGCCAUUGAUGAACUUAUUUGUCAAUUAAGAGGGAGCUGUCAACCUCUGCCUGACAACUCUGUUCCGGCCAUCCUAUUGGAGGAGGACGGAAAGACCUGGAAGUUGUUGGAACAGUUGCUCCGCUCGUCCAACGUGACUCUGGAGAGGGUGAACGACGGGCUGAGGGCAGAGACAGGAAGUGAGGAGGGUGACCUGCCAUUGGUCCUGUGCCUCACUAUAAGAGGCCUAUCAUCUCUUUGUAAUGGGGAUGACUAACAUGUGUAUUAAAUGGGAUACAUUUAAUACACAUGUUAGUUAGAUACAUUUAAGACUUUUCAUUCAUUGCAGUUUCUUUAUUGCAAGAUGUACGAAACAUUUUGUAUUAUUUGUUAUACUCAGCUAUUAUAUGUCAUACAGCAUGUGACAUAUAUAUAUAUAAAGCUAUUUAACAUCUAAAAUACAUGUUGUAUAAUUGUUACAUGUUAAAAUAUAUAACAGAUUAUUAAGCUAUGCACUGCUUUUAAGCUAAUUUUAAGCUAAUUUUAAGCUAUUAAGCUAUACAUUUAAUGUUAGAAAUGUUCAAUGUUCAGCAUUGUGCAAAAUUAAACAUUUGUUAAAAUAACCAAUUUAGCCCUGACUGUGUCCCCUAGUCACACAUUUAUAAUUUUCCCUGAAAUGAUAAAAAAAAAACGUUCCUCUUAUGUUUUUUUUUAUAGAGAUUCCUUACAUUUGAAUGUAUUUUCUGUUAAAAAUCUUACUGGUGGUUUUAAUACAACUUUUUUUGCAAUCAUG